AUGACCGAAGUAGGCCUGAACAACAACAACGACGAGACAGCCUACAGGGAGGAGGUGAGGGGUGUGACUAACAAGUGUGCAUCAGACAUCACUCCCCACUCCAGGAUGUGUGACUGUGACGUGGAUGUGUCCUCAGAGCCCACCAGCCCCAGGCUCUAUGGUGAGUCCUCUGACAAAUACUACCAUGUGGACCGCUGGCAGAAGCUCCGCACCGCCGUCCGCAAGCUGGAGUUCUGGGAGAACUUCACCGCCGAGCUCAUCGGGAGUGGCUUCUUCUCCAAAGUCUACAAGGUGAUUCACAGUACAAGCCAUAAGGUGAUGGUGGUGAAGAUCUAUAAGAACGACGUGGACCAGGAUAGCAUUGUGCGUGAGAUCAGCCUACUGCAAAAACUCUCCCAUCCCAACAUAGUCAGGUAUCUGGGGAUAUGUGUGAAGGAAGAUAAACUCUACCCUAUUUUAGAGUAUGUUAGUGGAGGAUGUCUGGAGGAACUGUUGGCCAGGAAGGAUGUGUCUCUGUGCUGGAGGGAGAAGGUGGACCUGGCCUGUGACAUCACCAGAGGAAUGAUCUACCUGCAUUACAAGAACAUCUACCACAGGGACCUCAACUCCAAGAACUGUCUGAUCCGUGUGACGGCGCGGGGCAGGGAGGCCCUGGUCACAGACUUUGGCCUGGCCAGAGAGGUGGUGGAACUGCCGGUUAAAGACCCAGAGAGGAAGCUCUCCCUGGUGGGAUCUGCCUUCUGGAUGGCCCCGGAGAUGCUGCGUGGGGAACCCUACGAUCGCAAGGUGGAUGUAUUUUCCUUUGGAAUUAUGCUCUGUGAAAUACUGGCAAGGAUCCCUGCAGACCCAGAGAUUCUACCAAGAACCCAGGACUAUGGCCUGGAUGUGAGUGCGUUUAGGGAGCUGGUGGGCGGGUGUCCUCAGCGCGUGUUGGAGCUGGCAGCCAGCUGCUGUCUGAUGGAGUCCUUCAGGAGACCAGCAUUCACAGAGCUGCUGGAUGAAUUGGGGGAGAUCGCUGAGACUCUGGAACCGCCCCCUAACCCGCCCUCUAACUCAGAGCUGACCACUGGGUGAGCUGCCUGGGUUGGCCGAAGCCCCACCCACCCAUCUAUCCUGAGGAGGACUGGAGGAUUUGGGAUUUGUAUACGGGCUCAAUCCCAAAUGGCACCUUAUUCCUUAUGUAGUGUACUAUGUUUUGCCAGGGCCCUGUGCUCUGUUCAAAAGUAGUGCACUAUAUAGGGAAUAGGGUACCAUUUGGGAAGCAACAAUAGACAGUUGCACAGGGGCAGGGGCACAACACUUCACCAGGAUGACCUCUCUACAGGGGCUGACCUCUCUGUUUGUGCCUGCCUACACUGCACCUACAGAUGUGUCGGGGGGUAGCUCCACAGUUUUCAAGUGAGACCCUGGUGGAUUAAUGGAUGGAAUAGACCAUAUGUAUCUUGAAGAGAGGGUUUCUUUGGAAGCUUUAUUUGACCAGUUCACACACUUUGUGUACAGGUGAUAGAAGUUGGGCAUAAUGUUGUUUAACGGCAUGUCUUUCGUUAACUUACAUUUUCUUAAUCUUAAUCUCAUAUGCUGCUUUUUUGUUUAAAUUUGUUGUUGUUGUUGUUAAUGUUUAUGACAGUG